GUUACCAGAGACACCUCGAUGUCAUUUAGUCCGGCGCUGAAAGUCAUAUGAUAUUAGCUAUGUUUAUGUAGCUUAGCCAGUGUCUAAAAAAGGAAAACUUGUAAAAAAGGAACAUUUCUUACACUACAGUGCCACAUCUAGGUUAAAUAAAACUACAGUGAGAACUUAAUAGUCACUCACAGAAGAAAGCUAUCACGUGUGUUAGCAGCCGAGUCUUUAGUAUUAGCCUGCUAACGUUAGUUAGCUAACGUGGGCGCUGAGAACGCUGUCCGUUUCAUCAUCAUGUUGAGAUGAUUUUAGCAGUAGUUUCUUGGACUCAGACUGCGGGACUGUGUUUUAUUAGUAGGUGUUAGUGCGGACAUUCCUUCAUCAUGAUGCAGCCGGUAGCCAAAGGGCUCACCAGCAUCAUCCGUGCGUUCUCGUAUCCGAACGUGCCCGGCGUUCUUGGGCUUCAGACACAGUGGAAUUCGCCCUCAGCGUUCCAGAACAUUCGCCCGCUUUCGAUGUCGCUGUGGCCCUUCGGUGCCCAGCCGCGGGACUUCAGCCAGCCCAAUGCGUCAUGGAGCCCAGAGAUGCGGAGAGUUUAUGAUCAUUAUGUUGCGCUGUGUGAGGUGGAGACUGUAGGGGGCGAGAAGAAGAGGGGACCUUGGCGGAAGCUGCCCAGCUACAACCGUACUCUAAAAUACGCCAGAGGAGGAGCAUAUCUUAGUAAAAUGAUCCAGUCCAAAGCUCGACUGUUCACGAGGAGCAUAAAGGAGCACGGAGCAGCGUUUGAGUAUGCCAUUUUUGUGAACAAGCAGGAGAAGAGAUGUGUAUGUGUGUUUCAAUCUGGACAUCUACUGGAGGGACCACCUGGGCAUGUGCACGGAGGAGCAAUAGCUACCAUGAUUGAUACUGUGACGGGUGGUCUUGCUGGUUGCCUGUCUGGGCCCAUAAUGACUGCCAACCUCAACAUCAAUUAUCGCAGCCCGAUACCGCUGGGUAGUGUAGUCCUUAUUCACAGUGCUCUGGAUCGUGUGGAGGGCAGAAAAACCUUCUUAACCUGUAGGGUGACCAGCACUGAUGAGACUAGACUACACACAGAUGCAACAGCGUUAUUUGUGUCAAUUAAUAUGGGCCAUUUAUUUGGGACAUAAGGUUUAAAGCAGGCCAGAAGCCACCAUAUUUGUGUGUGCGUGGAUUGGGUAGGUGUGUGUGCGUGUAUGAAAUGACCAGCUAGUGGUACAAAUGUUUGACCUCUGCCAGCUGUCAGAGCCACAUGAGACUUCCUCUGAUGUGUCUGAUAUUUAGUUACCUUAACAUGCCAGAGAGCAAAUAUUUAUUUUAUAUAUUUCUUUAACUGUGUAUUUAUUGACAUUUUACCACCGUUACUACUUACUCAUGAACUGUGUGUUAGACUUUUACUUGGGAUAAGCUUUGAGAUGGUGCUUGACAUAUCAUACAUUAACUACCAUUAAAGUUAUUAAAAUAAUACUUUACAAGUAAUAUCCUUUUGAUGAUUCUGUGCAGUUAUUCAUGUAUAAUGGAAUUAUUUUUAUAUAAAUAUGCAGUCUUAUAUCUGUGUAAAUUUGUUUUGUGAAUGCCUCAAAGUUUUUUCUGUAAAGCCAUUAUUUUUGAAAAGUGUACUUCACUUAGUCUACACAACUAUCCUUACAGCAAAACAUGCUGUAAGGCAUAUGUGUCAAGUUCCAGUCCUCGUGGGCCAAAGCACUGCAGACUUCAGCACACUGCCUCAUUAAACAGACCUGAUUCAGCUCAUCAGCUAAUUAGCAAGGCCUUUAUGAACUGAAUUCAGAGGGUUAGAUAAGAGUAAACGCUAAUCUCCGCAGCACUUUGGCCCAGACGGUCCCCAGUUUGACGUGCCUGCUGUAAGGAGUAGGUACAAAUAAAAUACAGUAUAGGACUGGAAUCAUGAAGCCUUGCUGAGACUUCUUUUAAGAAAUGUUAUCCGUGUUUUUUAUACUGCCAGUAUAGAAGUCCAGCAAAGCUUUGUUUCGUAUGGAACAGUAGUGCUGACUCAGUGUUCUGAGUUUCCAAAUAUGGUCUGGACCUAGUAAGUGGAAGUAAGCCUGGGUGAUGGAAUAACAUGGCAUGUUGCACUUUUCUGAGCGCUCCACUUGACGUUACUGGUUCUACAACACCAGGUAACGGCCAGUUACAGAGAGGUUGUUAAUAACAAUCAGUAUUGUUGCACUGUAAUAUCACUGAAUAGUAACACUUGUAGUUGACUGAAUGUUAUACCAUUUUUCCACCAUCUUAUUUAAGUUUCCUUUCCUUUGUUAAAUAGUUCAUUUUUGUACAUGGUGAAUAGAAAAUGACUGGUUUCCAUUGUCAGACCCCUUGCUGUUACACCUGAGUCCGGAACACUGGUCACCUGUCCAUCGCAAUUUACCAGCAAAACACAGCUGAACAAACCUGACCAUUCUGUCUGCUUUGCGAAGUGUUGACUCUGCAGUUCUGGGUGUCUUUUGUCCAUAGUUGCUGGUUCCUGGUGUAUCUCUUGUUGGGUCUUUUGUGUUCUUGUUCUGUGUUCUCAUGUUUUUUGGACUGUUUGUGUGUCACUUUUUUCAAUAAACUCCUCAUGAGCUCACAUCUAACCUCA